AUGUCUCUUGUCGGACCAAUAUGGCAAGAACCUCUUCACCCACCGAUUAUGGCGACUCCGCCCCCGCCCUCUCAGUUUGCGGCUCUACUUCGCCAAUCUAAAUUCGCGUCGUUUGAUCCAAAGAUCGCGCAGUCCUAUGUCUCUUUUGGUGGUCAUUGCCACCGCGGAAACUGGGGAUUUAAGCGACCCUUACCCAUUCGCCGCCGGAAAGCGACCGUUACGGUUAAGGCUAUCGAUUCCAGGGAGGAGCAGACAGAGUGGAGGAGCGCAGAACAACAGAGCCGAUGGAUACGGAUGUGGGAGGAAGUGGGUGUGACACCGCGUGUGGAGUUUGGGAGCUGGGCGGAAAAGCUGGGUCCCUACCGCGACAUUCAGUGGGACAUCGACUCCGAAUUCAGCCAGGGCACCAAGAACGCGUCAUCGAAUAAUCGAGCGGAGGAGAAAGGCCUCAGAGAGAGGAGUACGGCUGUGCCCAACGUUCACGCUAUGUCCGAUAGUGAGUUUGAAUGCUAUCUGCAUAAAUUGCGGCAAUUGCGACCGGAAUUCCGCAAAUACCUGCAGCAGCAAACGGAAAAAUCCAAGCAGGAGGGGAGAAAGGAUUCUGACGAGCCUGUCACGCUGUGGAGGGAAUCUCAUCGGCCAAACCAGGAGCAGUUCAAGGACUUCCUCCAGUACUACGCGUACCAGAGAUUCAAAGAGCCGAACACCCACCUCAUCGAACAGCAGCCGCAGCGCUUUGGUGGACUCAACUACAGUCAUUCUCCUCCCCUGCAAAAUCAUUUAUUCACCAAGCCCAGUCAAGGCCGUCUUCUGCAGUCUAAUAUAACUACUCAACGUGGAGGAAAAGAGGGUUACGUCGCUAGCUUUGCUGGUGUUUUGGCGACUAUGCGGAAGGGUGAUCGCGGCAGCGGGGUCCACCCUAUGGAUUGGAACGCAUUGGAGAAGGCUGGAGAAGGCAUAUCGAGGAAUCCCAAUGACGGCGUUGUCGCGGACCUUCGCUUCCGAAGCGCAGAACUCGUUUCGGCUCCGUCGACGGUCGCACAGCAUUCGGGUGGGAAGGAUUCUCUCGCGAUUAUACGCACCGAGGUAUAUUCUGUGGGCACGGAGCAUCACCGUCGAAACACUCACAUUCCCGGAACGAGAGAGUACGUCGCCAAUGAUGAAGAUGAGAUCACUACGGCCUCGAUGCUCACGAAGCAGCCUACUACAACAACACCGAAAUUCGAUGACAAAGUGACAGCGGAUGGUGGUCAUCGUCUGAUGGACGUGCUGAGCAAUAUGAUCAAGAACUCGACGGGAGGGACGGGACAGACGGGAGCUCCAUAUCGCCCUUCUCGAGCAGCAUCUUCUCUGCCUGUGCGCGAGGUACCUCCAACUCAUGUACCUGUUACAAGGCAUGAGUGGGAGCAGUGCUUGGUAGGAGGCAUGCUCACAAGCAGGUCCACAUCUUCCCGUCUCACAUUAUGGGACUCCUUGAUUGUCUUGGUGCCGGGCUUGUCGAGCAGUCCGCUUUUGAACGCUUCUUCCAUCUUGCUUUUCGACCAUGUGCGAUGCGCAUGGCCUCCGCACCUAUAUGACUCUGCAUCUUCCUAUGGUGGCAUGGAUGUCGUCGACGACACCUCGUCCGUGUAUACAGCAAAUACGACCAGCCAAAGCCACGUCCCGGUUGAUCUAGAGAACCUCUCCCUCAGCGACGACCGUUCGUUUGUCUCCUCUCCUACCGGACGCAGAGCUGGCGAUGGCCAUGGGUCAAUCUCUAGCAGCAUGGACGAUGAUUUCGAUGCAGUUCUAGACGAUUUGAAGGAUGAGGGCCAGGUCGACUUACCUCCCCAUGCUUGCAGCUAUUGUGGCAUUCACUCUCCUGCUUCUGUCGUGAAGUGUCUCAUUUGCUCCAAAUGGUUCUGCAACUCUCGUGGCAACACCUCUGCUUCGCACAUUGUCAAUCACCUAGUACGUGCCAAGCACAAGGAAGUCAUUCUUCACAGUGAAAGUCCACUCGGAGAGACCGUGCCAGAGUGCUACAACUGUGGCAGCAAGAACGUCUUCAUGCUCGGUUUCAUUCCCGCCAAGAGCGACACGGUGGUUGUUCUUCUUUGCCGGCAUCCUUGUGCGGCUAUAUCGAAGGACAUCUCUUGGAAUGCCUCUCUGUGGGCACCUCUCAUUGACGACCGCUCUUUCUUAUCAUGGCUCGUGAAGCCCCCCAGCGAGACUGAACAACUUCGAUCGCGUCAGAUCUCAUUCCAGCAGAUCAAUCGUCUCGAGGAUCUGUGGCGCGAGAAUGCGAACGCUACGCUUGAAGAUCUCGAGAAACCGGGCGUAGAUGACGAGCCGCAGCCAGUCAUACUCCGCUACGAGGAUGCAUAUCAGCAUCAGAACAUCUUCGGGCCUUUGGUCAAAAUAGAAGCAGACUACGACAAACGCCUGAAAGAGUCGCAGACCCAAACCGAUAUCACAGUCCGGUGGGAUCUCGGUCUUAACCAGAAGCGAGUGGCUUGGUUCUGCUUGCCGAAGCUCGAGAGCGGCGAAGUUCGCCUUGCCGUAGGAGAUGAGCUGAGGCUCAGGUAUACUGGGACAUUGCACAAGCCCUGGGAAGGGGAUGGCCAUGUGAUAAAAAUCCCAAACAAUGUCUCUGAUGAGAUCGGACUCGAGUUGAGGAGGUCUGAGGGUGUGCCUUUAGAGAUCAACCACAAUUACACCGGCGACUUUGUCUGGAAGUCAACUAGCUUUGACAGGAUGCAGCUUGCCAUGAAGACAUUUGCAGUUGACGAAAAGAGCGUCAGCGGCUACAUCUAUCACAAGCUUCUAGGACACGAGCUCGAGCCGCAGGUUCUGCGAACCCAGAUGCCUAAGCGGUUCUCGGCGCCGGGGCUUCCGGAGUUGAACCACUCUCAAAUGUAUGCGGUCAAGAGCGUCUUGCAGAAGCCUCUAAGCUUGAUUCAAGGUCCUCCCGGCACGGGCAAGACGGUCACCUCGGCGUCCAUCGUGUAUCAUCUAGCCAAAAUGAACCCGGGGCAAGUUUUAGUCUGCGCCCCAUCCAACGUGGCCGUUGAUCAGCUCACUGAGAAGAUUCAUGCGACGGGACUCAAGGUUGUCCGUCUUACUGCAAAGUCACGGGAGGCGCUCGAUUCCUCUGUAUCGUUCCUGACUUUGCAUCAGCAAGUUGCAAACAACACAACGAACGUCGAACUGCAGAAGUUAAUACUGCUCAAGAAUGAGCAAGGAGAACUAAGCUCGAACGACGAGAGGAAGUACAAGGCGCUCAUCAGACAGUGCGAGAAGGAGAUUCUCAGCGCUGCUGAUGUCAUCUGUUGCACCUGCGUCGGUGCAGGUGACCCGCGUUUGAGCAAAUUUAAGUUCCGUACCGUUCUCAUCGAUGAAGCGACGCAGGCCGCCGAACCAGAGUGCUUGAUACCGUUGGUACUUGGUUGUAAACAGGUCGUUUUGGUUGGUGACCACCAGGCACUGACUUCGCUUCAGCAACUUGGACCUGUUAUCAUGAACAAGAAAGCCGCCCGUGCCGGGUUGACUCAAUCACUUUUUGAACGCCUGGUUGUCCUCGGCAAUCGUCCUAUCAGAUUGCAAGUCCAAUACCGCAUGCACCCGUGCCUGUCUGAGUUCCCGUCGAACAUGUUCUACGAAGGGACGCUGCAGAACGGAGUUACCGCUCCUGAACGAUUGAGGAAAAAUGUUGAUUUCCCAUGGCCUGUCCCUGACACGCCCAUGUUCUUCUAUCAGAAUCUGGGGCAGGAAGAGAUCUCGUCUAGCGGAACAUCAUUCCUGAAUAGACUCAAUUAUCCGCUUGUUAGAACGGAAGCUUCCAACGUGGAAAAGAUCGUAACCAAGUUCUUCAAGUCCGGUGUUGUCCCGAGCCAGAUUGGCGUGGUAACGCCGUACGAAGGUCAACGCUCCUAUAUCGUCAACUACAUGCAAUUCAAUGGGUCCCUGAAGAAAGACCUCUAUAAAGAGAUUGAAGUUGCCAGUGUUGAUGCUUUCCAGGGGCGAGAGAAGGAUUACAUCAUCCUCAGCUGUGUCCGAAGCAACGAGCACCAAGGCAUUGGUUUCUUGAACGAUCCCAGGCGAUUGAAUGUGGCAUUGACUCGCGCGAAGUAUGGAGUAGUCAUCCUCGGGAAUCCGAAGGUUCUGAGCAAGCACCCGCUAUGGCACUACCUCCUGACCCACUAUAAGGAAAAGAAUUGCCUUGUUGAGGGUCCCCUCAGCAAUCUUCAGCCCAGUAUGAUCCAAUUUAGCAAGCCAAGGCGCACUCUCGUCAAGGCGAUGGAUCAGUUCCGUAGGCACGAGACCAAUGCUCGGGACUAUUUGGGAAGCGGUGUGACAGGUGAUGGUCGCCGAUCCGGCACUCCCAGCCGCUUUGACCCUACCUUUUAUCGCACGCAUGAUGCAAUAGGAUACGUACCUUCGGAUGUUCAGUCUCUGCGUUCUCAGGCGACGUACUCUUCAGGUUUACCCAUAUUCGCUGCGAAUGGCCCCUUCGGACCGGGGAUGCAACGACCGAAUGGCGCGAAACGCAGCACAUAUGGCAGCUAUGCAAGCUCCAUCAUUUCCCAGGACGUUGGUCCCGGAGGCACCGACACAGCUAGCGUCGUGGGCAGUGCGAUUGGACCUGCCGACCGUCCUAUCAGCAGCAUGGCUUAUUCACAGUCUGAUAGACUUCGACGCCGCUCAUCAUUCUCUUCCACUGCGGGGACAUCGGACAUAGGCAGUCUGUCUCAGUACGACUACAAGAGUCAAGACGACGCCACUGAUAUGGACGACAUGAAAUCGCAGUACACCGGAACUCAGUCUGGCGUUACCGUGUUCUAG